AUGUCCGAAACAUCUCAGCCAGAGUCGCGGAAGCUGAUUGAGGAUCUGUGCAGUCUUCAGGUGCCAUCAGUCCUACAGGUCUCUCCGAACGCUAGACAAGUCCUCUACAGCACUACUCUUCAAAAUGGACACAAGAAAGGAAAGCAUGUAGUGUCGACGCUCUGGCUUGCGGACGCGGGUAUAGCGGACUCCUCUCGGCAAAUCGCCUCUGGCGAAUUCAACGACCACCUUCCUCGCUGGCAUCCCGAAAGCCAUAGCAUCGCCUUUGUAUCUGACAGAGCAAAAGCUGGCGAGCAAUGGGCCAUCUACCUCUGGAAUCUGCGGGAUGGUGUUCCUUAUGGUGAGCCUUACGCCAUUACGGACGUGCACAACGAACGGCAGAUCGCCGCCUUUGAAUUCUCACCAGAUGGCAAAAGCAUUGCGUAUCUCUGUGCCGAUGCUGAAACCUCAGAGCACAAAGCUCGCAAGGAAAGCGGCGAAGACUGGCAGGUUUGGGGACAAGAGUGGGCCAAUGCACACCUGAACGUGGUGAAUAUCGAGACCAAGGAGACUUUUCGCCACGCUGGUGAAGAUGCACACGGGCACAAGUUCAACGAUCAUGUAACCGCACUCAGCUGGGGCCACGACAGUCUCUCGCUGGCCGUCGUGCACACGAGAACAUCGCAUAUCGAGGAACCUUUCCUGACAGGCUCGCAAGUAAGCCUAAUCAAGCUGUGGUCAGACGAUUGUUGGUCCGCUGAGUCUAUCCUUGAUCUGCCAACAGCUGUAUUGAAGGUCAUUUGGGGCUCGGACGACAAGUUGUACUUCAUCGGCGGCGUUCCUCUUGACAAGACCUGCGGCGGAACCGCGGUAUAUUCUUUUCCAGCGCGAGCAGGCGCAGAACUUUCAAGAGUCGCUUUCGGUAUCGAGGACGAUGCAAAGCAGGUUGCCAGCGCCGGCGGCGCCCUAAUUGGACACGCAGAACGAGGCUUGCACGAUGUACUCGUUAUGCUGCCAGGCCGGGUCUUGCACAGCCAAGCGAAGUGUAUCAAGGCUUUUGAUGCCGGCUUCAGAGAUGAUGGCGAGGAGCUGAUUCUCGCCAUCGCUACUUCGGACGUCAAUACACCUAACGAAGUAUACUCGACUUCGUCAGCAAACAGUGAGAUGAUAUGCUUGUCAAAUCACGGAAGAUCGUUCAGAGACCGCAGUUUCGGCUCCUACAACCCAUUUUCAUGCUCAUCGUUGGACAAGGAGGUUGAUCUGGAUGGCGUCUUCUUGACACCAAGCCGGAGCUUACCAGCAGCUCCUCAGCGUACCGUGAUCUUGAUUCAUGGAGGUCCAGCGAUGCGCAACUCCAACGAGUUCGACACGUACUUGUUCUACUGGACGCCUUUCUUAUUGCACCAUGGCUAUUCGGUCCUGCUCACGAACUAUCGAGGAAGUACUGGGAAGGGGGAGAAGUUCGCCUCUUACAGCCUGAAAGGUGUAGGACGAUACGAUUGGGAGGAUGUCGUAACAAUUACGAAUCAUGCUAUCAACCUCAAGUACGCCGACCAGGACCGCCUGCUGGUAGGCGGCAUUUCACAAGGCGGGUUUCUCACGAACCUCUGUGCCACCCGAAACGGAUCAUUGUUCCCUUGGAAGUUUCGCGCAGCUGUUCCACUGAAUGGCAUUACAGACGCAGACACUAUGUCUCUGACUUCUGAUCUCGGUGCAUCGAUUGAGACGGAAUUAGAUAUUGCUGGAUCGCCAUGGACGCUGUCGAAAAGUGAUACGCGGAACCGACAAGCCAGUGCUAUCUGGGAAAUGGGCGAAGCAAUGCGAAGAUCCAAAACAGAAAAGGCCAUGAUUCUCCCUCCAAUGCUCAUUAUGCAGAGUGAAAAAGACGAGCGUUGCCCGAUCGAGCAAGGAGUGGGCAUGCGCAGGGCUCUGAGCCAUUAUGGUCUGCCCUUUGAGUUCGUUGUUUAUCCGCGACAACCCCACUUGCUGAUAGAGCAGAAGUUCUGGAUUGAUAUGGCGGAGAGACUCGUGCGAUGGUGUGAGCUGCAUAUUGGUCCGGCUGCAUAG